GGCAGUUAUUUCGCCAUAAAAUCGAACAUCUACUUUCUCGCAGCCCAAUCGACCUACACAUACGAACAUUAUCUCUCACCUCCCAUUUAAGCUCCGGAUCCUUAAAUUCCCUAGCAAGGCUAUUUCCUGCAAUCCUUCCCAUUGACAGCUUAUUACUACCAUCAAGAUGGCAUAUGCCAGUAGCAAUUUAGAGGAGGCGAAUACCUCGCCUCUUCCUGACACCAUGGUACGAAACCGUUUGCCUACCCUUUUUGAGGUGCUUUGCCGUCGUACACAACCUCCCGUGGAUCUGUUCUCGUUUUAUAUCUACAUGCGGGAUCAGCAACGAUCCGUCGACUAUCUUGACUUCUGGCUCGAUGUUGCACAGCACAUGUCACUUUGCCGCCAUUACGUCCGAGAACUUCGACGAUCUGUGCUAGUCGGCACACCGGAUUUAGAGACAGAAGAAUCUAAGCGAUCAUCACGAGUGUUGGAUGCAAUGGGCGACUUAAGCUAUAGCCAUGAUGGCCCUGCGCGAUUUGGCAACGAGAAGGAGCGAGACCAAGAUGCAAAGAUCUCGAAUUAUCUAAGAGAACAACAGGCCGAGGACUCACCUGCCAGCAGUCAGGAGCGACGAGCCCGUGCUAGCACCCAACUCAGCUCCAGCACGCCGCAGCAGAUCACCGACUCGAACUCUCCAGCACGCGCCUUCACCCGAAAUGAUAUCCAGAGAUCAGCGGAGAAAAUUCUCUACACCUUCCUCCUCCCUGGCGCUGAGCGUGAGAUUACUCUAGACGGCACUAUCGCGGCCGAUGUUACCAGAGAGAUCGAGGAGAACAAUCGCGACGACCCUGAACUUUUUGACGUGGCUAAGGAUUACGUAUUUCAGGCCAUGGAGCGAGAUGCCUUCCCAGGUUUUCUACGAGCUAGAGCCUUCGGAAACUUGAUUCCUCCCACUCUUAUCUCGCGAUUGAUCAUCGGUCUCGUUGCUCUCUUUGGAGGCUUCUGGACUGGAUUCAAUCUUAUCUUCCUUGACUACUCCCGCUUGACUCGAUGCUGGGAAAUCCUUCCCUUCACCAUCGGCGUCUACCUUCUAGCCUCAUACCAGUAUUCUCUGGAUCCCAUCAUGGCACUACUUGGUUAUACGGAGUUGACACCAUUCGAGUUCACCAGUAUCCGAGAGCCUUAUGUCCGCAAGUUACUAUUCCAGCGUUCCUUUGUCGUCCUUGCUGUGACGGCAGUCUUUGAUGCGGCACUGUGUGUGCUGUUCAUCCUCGUACCUGGACAUAGACUUUAGGCAACCAAUCGGACCUCC